GGCGUUGGGAGGUUGCGUAGCAAAGCCCGUACCAUUAACAGUUCAACAGUCAAAUUCCUCCGCGACCAUUUUCAGACUUCCAGUUCCAACCUUUCAGCAAAGCGUCGGCAGUUGGAGUUACUGCUCUGAGCAAAACCUCAAUCCCCAACAAUGGCAGACACCUCCAACGGAAAGAUUCCCUUCUCUUCCUUCCGUGCCGAUAAAACGGCGAAAAUCUGCGUGCUUGGUCACCGAGGCCUCGUCGGCUCCGCCAUCGUCCGCAAGCUCCGGGAAAUCGGAUUCACCAACCUUCUCCUCCGCACCCACUCCGAGCUCGAUCUCACUCGCCAAAACGACGUGGAAUCCUUCUUCGCCUCCGAGAAGCCCCGGUUCGUUAUCCUCGCCGCGGCCAAGGUUGGCGGCAUCCACGCCAACAACACCUACCCCGCCGACUUCAUUGCCAUCAAUCUCCAGAUCCAGACCAACGUAAUCGACUCCUCCUACCGCCACGGUGUCCAGAAGCUCCUAUUCCUCGGCUCCUCUUGCAUAUACCCCAAGUUCGCGCCCCAGCCGAUCCCCGAGGACGCUUUGCUCACUGGCCCACUGGAGCCCACCAACGAAUGGUACGCUGUCGCCAAGAUCGCGGGGAUCAAAAUGUGCCAGGCCUACCGAAUUCAAUACGGAUGGGACGCGAUUUCUGCGAUGCCCACGAACCUUUACGGUCCGAACGACAAUUUCCAUCCCGAGAACUCGCACGUCUUGCCGGCGUUGAUGAGGAGGUUCCACGAGGCCAAGGUGAAUGGGGCGAAGGAGGUGGUGGUGUGGGGGACGGGUAGUCCCCUGAGGGAGUUCCUGCACGUUGACGAUUUGGCUGACGCAGUGGUGUUCUUAAUGGAGAGCUACAAUGAAUUGGGGCACGUGAAUGUGGGGAGUGGAAAGGAGGUGACCAUCAAGGAGUUGGCUGAACUCGUGAAGGAGGUGGUGGGGUUCGAGGGGCAGCUCGUUUGGGACUCGUCCAAGCCCGAUGGGACUCCGAGGAAGCUGAUGGAUAGCUCGAAGCUCGCCAAAUUGGGAUGGACCCCCAAGGUUUCACUCAAGGAUGGGCUUAUUAAUACCUAUAAGUGGUACUUGGAGAAUGUCAAGCAAUAGUUAAGAGGGUUAUCUGUGCACCUAGUCGUUGCACCUAGCCUGAGGGGAUACAUGGUACUAGGAUGGUUUCGCACUGACUGGCUUGGGAAGCACCUUAAAACCUGGGUACUGAAGAUUCAACGAACCUUGCUCUGUUUUUAUUCCCACUUAUAUUCUCUCAUGGAAUUCCUCUGCCACUUCGUGAAGCACUGUGGGGAGAAUUAUGUGAUGCAUCACUUUACAGUUCAGCUUUGCAUGGUGCGAGCUAAUUUUUUUGCUUUCCUGGUUGUCUUAAUUAUAUUUGUAUUAGUCAGGUUCUUCACUGAAAAAUGCGGAUGUUGGUCAUCAAUUCAACAGUUUUUUAAACAAUUUGAUCAAAUCUUUAAGUUCUGUUA